GGAGCCAUGGAUGGUCAAAGGUCCUAGCCUACCAGCCCGAGGCUGUUUUCCCAGGUCGACAAUCUCACCGUGAUUCGUUGGCUACCUGGGCCGGGGAAAAACUGCCCACUGCCCGUCCUCUGGGUCGGUCCGCCCCGGCACCUGCAACCCCUCCCACAUCGAGGCUGCUACAAACGUAUCCCGCUAUCAAAACACCGAACCCAGCCGCAUUGUUAUCAUUGUAAUGCCGAAUUAACCUCUGAUCUCUUGCCUUUGCCCACAGUCGGAGAUUCGAACACUCCUCAAAAUCAUUCUCGUGGGUUGCAUGGUGCCACUAUUCAACACCGUUGUGCAAACAUACUAAUAAUUAUGACGCACACCUUUUGUAAGUGUGAAUGUUUUGUAACCAGCGGUUCAAAGACGCAGCAUUCUGUCUCUUAUAGCCUCUCUUGUUCAUUUUUAGGUCAAUAUGCCCGUGUACUUGACCAAAACCUGGUUUUCUUCAGCAGCAUUUUCUCGUUUGGUGGUUUUCCAGGAUGUGGACUUUUGACGAACUUACUGUGAUGAAGACAUUGCUGGCCACAAAAUAGCCAAGAACAUUUUGGAAUACUGCAACUGAGAUAGUCUAUUACGUGGUCUAUUUCCUCGGAAGCCAGCUGCAGCACAUGCAUAUGACGACAUGGUUGGAUACAAAGUGACUGAGCGAUGGACCGUUGCUAUAGCUACAAAACAAAACAUAUCAGUGGAUCGUCAUGUGUGAAUCCAUGCCAACUUCCCCAGAUUUAUCUCGUAAGCAGCGGACGGACUUGGGAGGACCGAUUGAGAAUCCUGACUCACGCCGAAGCAGCGGCAGUGUCCACAGAAGAUGGACCCGGCUCCUGCAACAGUCACGCCGUAGAUCUCACGACGGUGUUACCAGAAGCAACCAGCCCAAGGGAACAAUAGGAGUGGCACCCCCAUUGGAGAGCGAUGGACCGGAACACUACGUGCGCCUCUUGCACAUUGCACCCUUCGUGCAAAGUUUUACAUGGCUCAAAAGAAAACUGGCGCAGUGUGAUUCGCGAUGGAUGCUGGACUUUCUGGAACUUAACCGGGGAUUGGAAAUACUGUUCGGUGCAUUGGCAAGACUCAGCCAGCCGGCCACUUCGAGUAUUGCCCACGCUUAUGCUCAGGUGGAAGUGGUGGCCUGCUUGAAAGCCGUGAUGAACAGUCAAGCUGGCUUGGACUACAUCAUCGACGAUCCGGAAUUUACACGCAAGCUUGCAACAGCGCUGGACGCAGACAAUGCCACCGUAAAGAAACAGGUCUUCGAGCUCCUCUCGGCAUUGUGCAUGUACAAUGCCGAGGGGUACAAUAGAGCUAUCGAUGCGCUGGAACAUUACAAGAAUCUCAAAGAUCAGAGGUUUCGGUUCAGUCUGGUCUUGGAUGAGCUGAAGAGGUCAGAGGUUACGUCUUACAAGACAACGUUGGUGGCGUUUAUCAACUGCGUUCUCAUAGCAACGGAAAGCCUGCCAGACAGGAUCAGGUUACGAAAUGAACUCAUAGGACUCAAACUGCUGGAUGUACUGACUUCACUCAGGAAAUCAGAGCCCGAGGAUGUAGACCUCUUAGUUCAGCUCGACGUGUUUGAUGAGAACAAAGUGAACGAUGAUGAGCAGUUUACUGGACCUCAGGAUGUCGAUCUUAAUAAUCCCGUGGAUGUCUUCAACACAAUAUACAAACAGGUGUGCGAUACACCCCACGUGACUCCCUUCCUGACCAUCCUGCAGCAUUUGCUUCGGAUCGAGCCCAGGGAUCCCAUCAGUGACACAGUGUGGGUUGCCGCUGAGAAACUAGUCCACAAGGCCGUGCUCUUGGAGAACAAAAACCAACUGGAACGGCUGCUCAAACUGGGCGAUCGAGACCUAGUCAAGGCUGUGGCCUCAUACAAGGACAAGUUUAAGAGCAGUGCUUCAGCUGAACCGAGCGAGGCACGGGAUGGACAGUCAGAUAAAUCUGCUGGAGGUUCGAGUGAUACCAUGCCCCCUUCGGAAAACCGGCCAAGGACUACUGCAGAUAAUGAGAGAAUGUCUGGCAGUACAGCAGAGGAAAGUGCAAUAAGCUCAUCAGGAAUGAUGGGGAUUAACAAGGAGGACCAACCUCAUGUAUGUAGGAUUGAGGGUGAUGAGGAUUCUGAGGUUAUGAAAACCUCACAGACUGUGACAUCACCUGGACCUUCAUUGCAACCUGCUCCACCACCUCCUCCACCACCACCCCCUGGGGGUGCCCCACCGCCUCCCCCACCACCUGCACCCCCAGGGGGAGGUCCACCACCCCCACCCCCACCCCCUGGGGGAAUGCCCCCUCCCCCACCUCCUCCGGGAGGGGCUCUGCAGAAGACCACACCUCACGCUCAGACAAUUCCUAGUUCAUCAGCCAUUCCAACCGUGAAACCCAAAAUGAGGAUGAGGACAUUAAACUGGAGUAAACUACCACCUCAUAAAGUGAUGAGUGGGAACAGUGUAUGGGCCAAAGUCAACAUGAUCCAGAAUGGUUUUAGCGCAGACUGGGAGACAAUGGAGGAAUUGUUCUGCCAGCAGAAUCUGGCUAAGAAGACACAGGUUGAUGGGACUGAUGAGAAAUCUCAGAAAAAGAAGAAAGAAUCAGUGGAAAUGAUUAAUCUUCUUGAUGGCAGAAGAAGUCUCAACGUCAACAUCUUCCUGAGACAGUUCAAGAGCACCAAUGAGAUAAUAGUGCGGCUCAUAGUGCAAGGAAAGAGCGAGGCCAUCGGAGCAGAAAAACUCAAGAGUUUAAUCAAAGUUCUUCCGGAGUCUGAAGAAGUUGAAAUGUUGAACUCCUUUGAUGGCAACCGAUCCAGACUAGGACCAGCAGAGCAGUUCUAUCUGAUGCUCAUGGAAAUCCCAUUCUACAAAUUACGUGUGGAGAGCAUGUUACUGAAGGAGGAGUUUGCUUCCAACAUGGACUACCUGAUUCCCUCUAUUGGUUGCAUCAUCGAGGCAUGCCAAGAAAUCCUGUCCUCGUCAUCCCUCAGAGAGAUCCUGCACCUUGUACUUCUCACUGGAAACUUCCUCAAUGCUGGUGGUUAUGCCGGGAAUGCUGUGGGCUUCAAAGUUUCAUCACUGUUGAAAUUAGUGGAGACAAGAGCCAACAAACCACGGAUGAAUCUCAUGCAUUAUGUUGCCUCGCAAGCUCAACAGAAAGACAAGAAGCUAUUGAGCUUUCCAGAGGAGUUGACUCAUAUGGAAGAAGGUUCGAGGUUUUCCUUGGAUCAGCUUGCAUCAGAUAUCAAGGUUCUAGAAGAGAAAGUCGAUGUGGUUGCCUCACAGCUUGAAGUUGAAGAUGAAGCCAUCUCAGAAGUCAAGAAGCAAGUCGAGUCCUUUCUUAAGACAGCCAAAGAUGACAUCGUGGAAGUGCGCGAGAUGCUUGCCUUUGUUGAGAAGAUGAGAGUUAACAUUGCUGAGUAUUUCUGUGAGGACACUAACACCUUCAAACUGGAGGAGUGCAUCAUGACCUUCAAGAUAUUCUGUGAGAAGUUCAAGAAAGCCGUGAUGGAAAAUGAAACGCGGCAGCUUCAGGAGCUGAAGAUGGAACAGAGGAGACAACGCAGUGAGGAGCAAAAAUCUCAGCGUCGGAAAGAUGGCAAGGCCAAGGCUCCACGGAGCCAGAGCCUUCCCGGCGGGAAGGAGACCAGCUCCAUCGUGGACAAACUACUGGGCAGAAUCAAGGGAGGGUUCUCUCAUCAGAAGGCCAAGGUGGAUGGUGACUCUAGCGACGCCAGUCGACCCCAGUCUCCAUGCCCUGAGGAUGAUCAACCUGGAGUGAUCACCAGGAGCACACCUAUCAGAAGAUCCAAGCAGAAAUUUGAGCAGAACCUGAACGCCAUUACAGAGAGUGCUGCUGAAUCAGGUAACAAUGCCCCUGACGGAAUGUUGGACUCAGACGAUAGGCAGAGUACAUCUAGUGGAUUCAGUACGUGGAGUUCCACUAGUAGUCGUGAAGACUCCCCUGGAAACACAAUGGUCGUCAGGCGCCAGCGAUCACAAGCCUCGGGUACUCGACCGCUUUCAGCCGAUGAUGAUUCUCUUUUUGACAUGCUGGUACAGGGUAAUGAAGAUGAGGCCCUGGCACAGUUUGAGACUCUCAAAAGAGAUGGAAGUAUACGAAGGAGUGGGGGAAGGCGUGCCAAGAAAAACAAUGUGGACUUUAUAGACAGUGACACACGUGAACGAAAGGAUUCGCCGAGUCAAUCACCAACAUUGUCCAGACGAAACAAGUUGAACACUGAGCAGACGGAAUCUCCUGACUCACAGAAAUCAGGUUCUCAGUCUCAUUCUCUUAGUAAAGAGAAAGACAGGAUUAGGGAACUCAUGAGAGGAGGUGAUGUAAGGAACCCAACACAACCACUCAAUAUGAGUCGCCGAUCUCGUAGUGAAAUAUCGACCUCAGACAUUGAUCAUGUGCUUCAAAAUACAUCUCUGGAGCAGAGUUCAGAUAAAGCAAGUGCGGAAAUCAGGAAGGACCGUCUUGCUAAAUACAGCAAGAUGGUGGAUUCUGCAUCAGCAGAGCUCCAGCCAAGCGCAAAAGCUGAGAGCUCUGCCACAUCAACUGUCCAUGAAUCGAGUCAAUUGGAUAAAAAAUCAGAGCCAAGUAUUGUAAAUAGUUCCGAAUCCCCCACAGAUGCUCCUCGGCCCAAGAGGCGGCCUCUUCGUCGAAGCCAAAGUGAGUUUAGCAUUGAGGACGUGAGGAAAGCUGCGCAGGGACUGAGAAAAGCAGCCCAAGAAAGUGAGGGAGUGUCUCCAACAACCACACCUCCAACGGACGAAACCGAUGGAGGCAUGUCAGUUGACAACAAGGUCUCCAACUGGCAAAGCAAAGUCCAGGACAUGGAUGUUGAAGCAGCUCUUGAUACUGUCGAGUCACAGCUAUCAUCCCGGGAGAAGAAUCGUUCCAGGGAUGGUGACACACCUGACGGCGACAGGACACAGAAGCAACGAUAUGCCAGGUGGAGAACAGGAAGCCUUACAUGGGACACUCCUAAAAACAAAGAAGAGCGUACGGAAAAAAGGAGAGCCUCAACAAUCUAUGAAGAUCACGAAAGCACUGUUUUCUUGGAUAGACCCAUUGAAGCAGGUUUAGCUAAAGGGCUGGAAUCUUAUGCAGAGUCUUACAGCCUGAAGAUCCGACAAGAGCGGCGUACCAUUGAAAAGAUCAUGGCUGGUGUUGAGGAUGGUGAUGAUGGUCCGUUGUCCCCGAGGAAAAUCUCCUCAGACUUAUCAAGGAUGAAAGGGUUAGAGGCGCUAAGAGCAAAGUUCAGACAGAAGCAGGCACUGGCUCAGGCAUUCAAUGAAGAGGAAACAUGGGCAUCAAUUGAUCGACAACAGGUGGAAAUAAGACGAGACCUGCUGGACAUCAAAACUUUCUCAGAUACUAAGGAUGAUCUUCACGUGGAGGAUAUUGAAGCUGAGAGCAGUCAGGAGAUUCCAUCGGCAUCAACUGAAGUAACAGUCUCAUCAACUGAACCCCAAGCCACUGAACCUCAAGCAACUGAGACAGUCUAUAAAAUAACUGAUGAUGACGUUUACGUUCUGAAAGACCAGUCUCAUCCACGUACUGCAUCUGAAACACUAGCUGAAAAGAAAGCCAAGAAAAUAAAUGGGAGUUCUCUCCCAACUAAGAGUGAUGAGAAUGCAAAUGAAAUUCCAUCGUCAUCAUCGUCCAAAUCUCCUAAGAAAUCCGCAGCUCAAAUUGGAAAUGUUAAAAAAGGUCCAGCAGUGAAUAGAACUGUGGCUAAGACAACCACAGGCAAAAUUACGCAGAGGCAGACAUCCACAAGUCCUAGGGUUUACCCAGGAAAAAGUACACCACUAAGAGUUAACUUGAAUGCGCCAUUGCCAAGAUCUAGCCCUCGAGUUAGGAAGAACUCCCGUAAUUUCCAGGUAAAAUCACCACCGGCUCAGUCACCACCAGCGUCAGGAAUGUUACGCUCUUCCAUAGGCAGUGCAGAAUCCCUUCCAAAGUCAGAACCUUCAGAGACCAGACAAAGGCGCGAGUCGUCUCAAAGCAACUCAUCUACUGUCUCAACUACAAGCAACUCUUCCAUGAGGUCCUCUGGCUAUGGCAGAAACCUGAGCUCUCCAAGAGGAACCAAAACAGUGACAACACGAAUCAGCAGGUCAAAUUCUGCCGCCUCAUCAUGCAGCACUGACUCUCGAUCUGAUCCCAAACCUCGUUCUUCCAGUAUGAGAUCCACCAACUCGACUAGUAGUGUCAAGAGCACUGGUUCUAGAACAUCACCAACAUCUGCUAAAACCUUGAAAGCUACCAGUCCUACGCCAAGAUCAAGUGUCAAAAGGACAGGGCCCUUUGUACGUUCAGCACCAGAACGGCGCACGCUUCCCUCAACCAACAAAACACCUUCAAGUAGUGGAGUGAGAUCAUCUGGUCGUGUAGGACCUAGCAAAACAGUUACUGACACUGCCAAAGCAAGAACAGACAGUAAGACUGGUUCGUCACCAGCAAAAAGAUCAACUUCACCUAAGCCUGCUGGACAGUCAAAAACAAAUCAACCUGCCUCUUCAGAUCCAUCAAGAGUAUCACCGGUUAAAAAACCCAAUAGCUUCCACUCUCCGUCAGUGACCAAAAAACCUGUAAGUACACCAUCCAAAACUCUUCCAGCUUCCAGAGCUGGAACCCAGUCACCAAGAACCACACAGGCAACACAAGUGACAAAGAGCCCAAUGAAAAUGGGUACGGCCACAUUUGGCUUGAGUGAGCUAGAACCAGCCUCCUCAAGCACUGUACCAAGCAGGAUGCGAGGCUCAAAAUUACAUUCCAGCAUUUCUUCGAAUCUGGCAUCAUCAUCAGAUGUUUCUAAGAGCAGCACGGUGGAUACCGGCAUGAUGGAUGUAGAAGCGAGUGGCGAUGGUAGUGAGACUCGUAGCAUCAGCUCUCUCUCCUUAGGGGAAGUGUCCCAAGAGGACGCAUCGGCCCAGGAGGAGGGAAGCAUAGCAAGCAACGAGGCCCGACACAUGCCACGCACUUCAUCCCUUUACGCAAACCUCAAACCAGUUCCGAUAUCGGUCUCUGAAGACUCAGCUGAUGAGUCCGACUCCAGUAGCAGGUUCAGCCGUGGGAAAACUGCAGCCUCCCUCCCACCGAAAAUGCGUAAGCGUGGAAUAAUGGACAGUGACAUAGCAAAGAAAACCAACAAAGGGACACUGAGUAAAAUUAUUCACAAAUUGGGACGUAAGGGGGACAAAGGCCUGGACUCUUCGCAUGAGGCUGGCACAGAUGGGAGUACCCCUUCACUGGAUGAAGCACCACGUUCUCCAGCAAAAGUGAAAAGGACUGUGUCUCUAGGGAGAAAAUCGUCUCAAAGUGCUGCCAAGCAAUAUACUAAAGCGCCCUCUACCACAGGAAGGAAAAUCAGCAGCAGCACAAGUAAGAAACCAGUCUUUAGGUGAAAUGUGAACCUCAGUUUUGUUAAAACAAAAAAAAUAAUACAAUGAAACAUCUGAAAUUGUGUUGAAAAAUGUUUCCAGCAAUUGUAUUCAAAAGAGAUUUCCCUCUUUUAUUUUGGAGGCUGCUUUGAGAUUUUUUUCCGGACAUUUCUCGAAUAAUUGAACUCAUGUGAGAAUGAAAAUAAUAAUUUCGACAAGUUUCGGGGCUAUUUUCCACCAUGACUGGCUUUAUGGAAUUUUCAUUUCUUGUGCAGUAAAGAGGCAUUUUAAACUGCCUCAGAAAUUCUAAAUUCUGAAUUCGCAAAUUAUAUCCAACCCCAUUGGAAACAAUGCCUCAGAGGAGAAUAUUUUUUUGUCACAUUGCUGGUAAAAAAACGUCAACUUGAGUAAAGAUGAUAACAAUAUCAGAAGAUAACUCUUUCCAAUUUAUAUAAAUUUUGUCUUAAACAGUAAAAGAGUCUAUCAAAUUCAAAGAGUAACAUCAAACCUUUGAGUGAGAGAAGUUUUUGUUUGAGGCAUAAUCAGAGACUUGGAACUUAAUCGCAGAUAUUUUGUUUAUAAAAGACUUGGUGUGUAACAGCAAUAAGGAGGCAGGUGUUGUGUUCAAUCCUAACAUUUUUCAUCUUCCCUCAAAAGUGAGGUUUUAUUCCAUCUUUCGUAACUGCACUGUCUUUUCUUAAAUUACUGGACUUUCUGAAUAACUGGACUUUCUGAAUAUUUAACUUCUGUCUUUGUUUUUACAAGAUAAAGUUGUUCUCACUGAAAAAUUCCGAAUGCUCAUUUCAGUAUCCUAAACCAAAUUCUACUAUCUCUGUUGUGCAACCAGAAUUACUAAAAAUAUAAGUAUUGAACACAUUUUUAAAUAGAUUUUUUUCCCAGAAAUGUUCCCCUGGAGAUCGAGAAUAGAGAGAGAAAAAAUCCUGAACCUACCUAUAGUCAUAGCUUACAUUGUAUUGUGUUUGUGCUUAGACAUUUCAGCUGCUUUUUGGUCAUGUAAAAAAAAAUGUGUAUUUUCUGUUACGCUGGACUUUUCUUUUAUUAGUUAACCAAGCUUUUAAAGUUUCUUGUUAUUGUCCAUCAUGGUCCAUCAUUGUUACUUAAUAUUUUGAGUUAGAAACUGUCAGUAUAUUUGACAGUAAUUUCACAAUCCAGUGGGAUUUCGAAUUUUCUGUUAACUUCACAAAGAAAUACAUGUACACCCAGAGAGCACCAUGUGCCCACAAAAAAAAUUCAUAUGAGAUAUCAUUUAUAUACACCAGUUUGGUGCAUGAUUCUUUGCUCAUAAAAGAUGACACCUUUUCAGCCAGUUUAUAAAGCUCCUUAGCAAAAAAAAUGUUAAGCAAUUCAUAUCUCAUGCUGUUUUCGUUAGUUGUGUGGUUUUGCUAAGCCAAAGUUUCUUGUGUGAAUGUUUAGACUCCAUGAAAGUAACCCCUGAUAUAACAAAAAUAUAAUAUUAUUUUUAAGUGAUGUGUUACUUAUAAAGGCCCACAUUGUUUUAAUAGCUUACCCUAUAAAGUAGCUUGUUUACCUGAGACUGCAUAGGUUUUUCCCUUAAACUGUUGACUCACUUUGCUUGUAUGCUUUCUUUUUAGUUUGUUUUGUAAACUUGUUCUUUCAUAAUUAUUUAAAUGUACUUAAAUUCUGCAAUUCGGAUGUGAUAAUUUGAAAAGCAAUAAUACAUGCCUUGUAUCAAUUAAGAGGUUUUUUCUGCUACUUGGGAUUUUUUUGUUAAAAAUUUUCCAAUUUUCUUGAAGUGUUUAUUGCUCUUUAUUGUAUUGAAACGCUGUCUUGAGUAAUAUAAUUAUAUUAAGCGCAAAACACAAUGCCAUAAACUAUCGUGAAGGGUUACGGGUUUGUUAAGAAUUAAGAUUAAAAUCGCCAGUGGCCAUUACAUAUUAAAGCCUUAAUAGUCAGCAAAACAAUAUAUACUCUCCAUACAGCUUUGUUUUUACAUAGAUUUUAAACAUAUUUAUUUCAUUGCUUAUACUUAACAGGGGGUGAACUUUAGAAGUUAGACUUCCUUAUAGUCUUCCUUAUAGUCCUUUUUAUUUUUAGCUUGAGAUAGUAGGUUAAUUUAAUUACAAAUUAUCCAUGACGAAAGGUACUUUAGAAAGUAUCACAGAUAAUACAAUUUUAUUUUAGAUCCAAGAGUAAAUUCACGAAUCGAUGGAACAGUGGUUGUAAUGCAUGAUAAAUUAAGCCAUAUUGUGCCGAUAAACUAGCAAUUCUUUUGUGUAACAAUAUGAGACUUUUAUGUAAAAUCGUCUGAAUUGUAAACUAUUUGUAAAUUGAAUUAAGGAAGUAAUUACUGGCAACACUUGAAACCUUAUAAUAUCUUUGGUUGUUACCCAAACAGUUCAGUUGUAUAACCUUUCCACUUAGGCAUGCAUAUAAAUGUCAUGCUGCUCCUAGUUUUAUUAACUCUACUGAACUUUUUAAUACUCCAAACCUUGGCAAACAAUUAACGUUGGUGGCGCCCUGAUGAUAAAGUAAAGCCUCUCGGUUGAUUUUCUUGCAUCACAGAAACUGCUUCACCGCUCAAGAUUAUCCUUUUUGAAAUGUACAUAGUUAUUUUCUUUCCCUUAUGUUGUAGUCACAUUUUUCAUUGAGUCAUGUUCAGCUGCGUAAAGGGAACAAUAUGGUUGUUUUUAAAGAAAUAUUGCUUUGAUUUUAUGGAGAUAUUAUUUUAGCGGCUGCCUCCAUUGUUAUUGAGAUGACUUUAUAUAUUUAUGCAAACUAAAUUUAAUGUAUAUUUACCGAAAAAAGAACAACUGCAUGAUGUAUAUUAAACCCAUAGGGUUGUGAUGUGUUUUACAUGAAA